UCGACGUCUUGCGCUCUAGCGGGGGUGUUCUGUGGUCGCUAACGCCCUUCUUUGAGCGUACAAUCUCCACACCAGAGCAACCGACGCCCCCAGACUCCGACAUGGAACGGGACGACACGCCGAUGCUUCUUUUUAUCUGUCGUGCGAUCUGCACCGACGCAGCGACGGCCGACGAGGCGCUCGUUCCAUUCCAGCACAACCCGAGCUUUGGUACUUUCGGUCAUUUCUGGGCGCGCCACUGGCUGCGCUCGCAGCCUGUGUCGGCUGCCCUCAUUCGCGCCGUGUUUGAGGCCACGUCCACCCUUGUCGUCCGAGCGGCAACGUUGCCACCGCGAUCCGACCUCACGCCGUGGCUCCAGGUCGUGCUUCCAAGUCACCAAUGGUGCCGGGGCUCCUUCGACUUGCAAGCUCUUUACCUCGCUCAGCUCGACGCGUUUGUGGGCUUGAUGGCGAUCGAAGACAUCCCACCAAUGCGGUUUUGGUACGACACCUUGACGCGCUUCUCGACCAGCGCGUCAUUGCGAGAGCAAGUACUUCGCAUCGUGGAUCGCGUUCUGUACCGGUCACCGGCUCGCGCAGAGUCCGCACUGGACGCACUUCACGUGCACUUGGUUGAAGAUGAGCAGCACGACAACGUCGACGUGCUGACGUGGUGGGCCCAGCGCGUGCUGGCCUCGGAAAGUGUCUCUGGCGACGUCGACAGCAAAUGCGAUAUGUGGAUUGAGCACGUCGGUGCUGCGCACUCAAAGACGACCCGGGUCGCCGCAUUGCGGGUGCUCGUGGCGUACGCUCGAGACCACCGUUUGCGCAGGGCCUCGGUCUCCGCGCUCGCCGAUCGCUGCGUCUUGUUGGACGAGUCACUGCCAGUCGUGGCGGAGCUCGCGUUACUGCGAGACCCUGCGCUGUUGUUGGAGUGCGCAAUUCGAACGACUUCGCUGCGCUGCAAGCGACAGUGCAUUGGUCACCUCGUCGCCAGCCCCGACGCUCUCAUCGCUCGACUCUCGCGAUGGCAUUCGACGCCCAUCGCAAUGGUCCAACACGUCGCGCGCGUCGGCUUGUCCGUGCGGGACCGCGAUGCAGAGUGGCUUGCGGUACUCGACGGCACGACGCAGCUGCUAGGCCACUGCAUUGGGCAUGCGCUCUGUGCCCAGGUCGACGCAACUUCAUUUCUCGAUGCAGCAUUGGCUGCGUGUGCCCGGAUUGCUAUUGCUCGGUCCGUGGCCGCGCUCGUCCGCGAUAUGUGCCCGCCCAAGCACGCUGUGGCGUUUCUUGUCGCGGCCUCAACGCUCGACAAUACACCCGCGUGGGUCUUGUCGCUGCUGCCGCUUUGGCGCGCGCUCAUGACUCUGCCCAUCACGGACUGGAGCUUUCUCCGACGCACCACCGGCUGGAUACUUGCCCUCGAGGAGAUGGCCUACACUGCCGAUGGCUUCGUCUACUGUGAGACGCUUGCGCAGUACCCGCAGGCGGCUGAGAAGGUCCAGUGCCUCAUCUACACGCUACCGCCACACCUCGCUCAACAGAUCCCCGAGGUCAGCGACCUCUCGCUCUCGGUUCGGCAGCAGAUAGCUGAGAUCAUGCGUGGGCCGGCUUUCGAAGCUGCGAUCGCGCCGCUUUGCGACCCCAUUCCGUCAGGCAGUUCGGUCUUUGUCGCGAGCGUGCUUUUGCUGCGCGCCAGAGGCAACAUCUCGGGCAGGUUUAUGAUCUCGUCGUCGCAUUUCGUCUUUGCGCCCCAUGAGUCGAGCUUACGAAAGUUGGCCGGCGUCGACGAGUUCAAGUACGCGCUGGGACGCCGCUACCUCCUCCAAGCUGGCGUCGCCAUCGAGCUCUUUUGGUGGUCGUCGAGAGCACCGUGGCUGGUCGUCUUUGAGUCGGCACGCAUCUGUACGCUGUGCUACGAAGCGUCGCGUCCGUUAGCCUUGGCAAGUCUCGCGCAGCGGGCACCUCAUUUGGUACCGGCCGACUUGACUCGCCUGUCAACGCUGCUCGGAAAGCAAGUCUUGCCGUCCCCGAGGGCUUAUCUGGAGGCGAUGGAGGCCACGAGUCGAUGGCAGUCCCAGUGCAUCUCGAACCUGGAGUACCUCAUGCUCGUCAACACGGCGGCCGGACGCACGUACAAUGACUUGAACCAGUACUUUGUCGCGCCGUGGGUUUCAGAGCCAACAGUUGCCGGUGCGCGGCGUCCGCUGCACGUCCCGAUAGGCGCGUUGAACCCGAGUCGACUCGCGCAAUGUCAGGCACGAGCGUCAGCCCUGGCAUCCGAGCUCGACGACGCGCCGCCGCCGUUUCUCUAUGGGUCCCACUACUCGACGACAGGCUCGGUCCUCUAUUUUCUCGUGCGUCUGCGCCCGUUCACCCAGUACGCCAAGGAUCUUCAGGGAGGGAAACUGGACCAUGCAGACCGUCUUUUUCACUCCGUCACCGAAGCGUGGACCAACUGCCUGACGUCGUCCGACGUCAAGGAGCUCGUGCCAGAGCUUUUCUAUCAUCCCGGUGUCUACACAUCGCUGACACCCCUCGGUGUGCGCCAGAACGGCACUGUCGUUGGUGACGUUGUCCUACCGAACAACUCGACGCCGAUGGCGUUUCUUGCACAGCUACGACACGAGCUUGAAGCCGCUGACAUUGCACCGUGGAUCGACCUUAUCUUUGGCUACCAGAACUCAGGCCCGGCUGCAUGGGCUGCAAACAACGUCUUCUUCCAUCUUACCUACGCCGAGCACGCGCCGCCCGUGCCGCUGGACUUUGGCCGUUUGCUGAGCAAGACCUAG